GACCGUUAAUUACGGUUGUGAGGUUGAUUCAUCGGGGUUUGCUGGAGGUCGGGUGUCGCUUUGGGCGCCCUCGUGUCACGAGGGACAGGCGAGCGUCACGUGGAGGUCCAUUUCCCAGACGAGCACGCGAGGCCCGGGCUACGAUGGACUUCCCCAGCUCCCUUCGCCCCACAUUGUUUAUGACUGGCCCACUUGGUCUGAGCGAUGUCCCUGACAUGUCCUUCAUGUGCAGCUGGAGAGAUGCACUGACCCUGCCAGAGUCCCUGCAGAAUUCCGAGAAUGGGGCGCUGCACUUGGCAAAGGGCCUGCUCUGGGAGCCAGACACCCCUGGUCCCCUUCCCGUGCUGCCACCUGGUCCUGAUCCCUGGGACCCCGGCCUGACUGCUCAGGACCUGCUUUUCCGGGGAGGUCCCAAGUUCCUGCGGCAGCCCCGACCUGUGCUGGAUGUUACUGAACAGCUCAGCUGGUUCCUGUGGGACCAUGGGGACAUAGCCUUUGCACCCCUGGGGAAGCUGAUGCUGGAGAAUUUCAAGCUGGAGGGAGCGAGAAGCCGCUCCAAGAAGAAGACAGUGGUCAGUGUGAAGAGGCUACUCCAGGACCUCGGUGGACACCAGCCCUGGGGGUGUCCCUGGGCUUACCUCAGCAGCCGACAGCGCCGGUUCUCCAUCCUCGGGGGCCCGAUCCUGGGCAAGUCAGUGGCAAACCUCCUGGGAGAGCUGCUGCACGAGGAGCUGGCAAUGCGGUGGCAGCAGCUGCUCCUGGAUGAUGCCUUUACCGGAGGUGCAUUGGCCUGGCUGCCUGGAAGGAUGCCCCGGGUUGGGCAGCUGGUCUACCCUGCAGGAGGCACCCUGGACAGACUAUAUUUCCAAGAAGUCCGUCUAACCCCAGGCGGUGACCCUCGGCUCCUUGGGGACCCUGGCCACAUCCAGCUCCGGGGACCUGUCCGGCAGGUGGUGACCCGCACCGUGCAGGGAGAAUCUCUGCUGGCUGUCCGCUCUGACUACCACUGUGCCCUGUGGAAGGUCAGCAAGCAGGGGCAGCCAGCCCCUCUCCAAGUGCUGCAGGUCGAGAAGGGGGCCACAGGGAUCAACCUCAGCCCUCACCUACCCGGGGAGCUGGCCAUCUGCAGCCGUUCGGGAGCCAUCUGUCUAUGGACGCCCCAGGAUGGGCUUCGGCAAAUCUACAAGGACCCUGAGACCCUUGUGUUCCGGGACCCCUCUCCCUGGCGCUGGGCAGACUUCACAGCCCACCCUCGGGUGCUGACUGUGGGUGACCGCACCGGAGUGAAAAUUAUUGACACUCAGGUGAGGGAGUGGGGACUGUCACAGGCCCAGCAUUGGGACAGAGCAGAUACCCAGGCAAGUCGCCUGCAUCAACAUCUUCCAAGUCAGUUCUCGCUCUAUCUGAUGGAUGAGCGUCUCCCCUUGGUGCCCAUGCUGAAAUGGGACCACAGCCUUCCCUCCGCUCCCCUGCUGGCCCGGCUGCUGCCUCCACCCCGCCCCGGCUACCCAAGGCCGCUGCUUCUGGGGGGCCAGGGCGGGCAGCUGCAGCUGCUGCACAUCACAGGGGAGGGGGCUUCCAUGCCCCGGCUGGCAGGGCCCCCCCAGUCUCUCCCUUCCAGGAGCAACUGCCUCUCCGCAUUCCCCCUGCUAGAGCCCAAGAGUCAGUGGCGGCUGCAGGAGCGUCUGCAAGCACCAACCAUAGGUCUGGCCGCCACCAUCCCACCCUCUGCCUCCACACCAGUCCUGUCGCUUUUCCAGCUCUCAGCAGCUGGGGAUGUCUUCCACCAGCACCUCCACCUCCAGGAAGAUUCCGGGCCCCCUGGUGAUCCUGGGCCCAACUCGCAUGCCCCCACAGCUUCCUGGAGCCCCCAGGCCACUGCUUGCUGCCGCAGGUGGCUGAAAGCCCUGCUGGAGGUGCCCCCGACUCCCCCUGUGUGGGCCGCACCCACUUUUUCCCACCGCCGUCUGCUGGGCUUCAAGGAGCAGCAGAAGGUUGAGGGGAAAGUGCCAGAGGGCCUCCGGGCAGCCAUGGCCAAAGGGCAGCUAGUGCAGCAGAGGGACCUAGGCUCGCUCCUCAUGGCAGAGCCACCUCCUGCCCCUGAGCCAGGCCCCGAGGACGAGCUCAGUGAGCGGUUGGAGGCAGCCUGGGAAGGCCCGGUGGCUGCCUGGUGGGAGCAGCGGCAGAGCAGGAGCUCGGGGCCCAGGAAGCAGCCCAAGCGGCACAAGCGCCGGAUGCAGCUAUCCAGUACCUUUUCCUCUCUCAGCGGCCACCUGGACCUCUCAGAUGCCACCAGCCCCCCUCACAGCCCAGACGGGACAUCUGUUGUGUCCAGGCCUCGGCCCCCAGUGACCCCGCCCUCCCAGGAGUUGACCCAGGAGCAGUGGGCCCAGUGCGUCCCCUCAGAGCGGCAGCAGACCCUCCGGGACUAUAUGGCCAAGCUACCACUUCAAGGGGACACCCCAGGAAAUGCCUCUGCAUCCCCCUCCCAGACCUCUAGCAUCCGAGCCACCCCCUCCAGGCAGCGGACCCUCCGGGACUUCACUGCCAAGCUCUCACUCCAAAGUGACACCCCGGGAGAUGCUUUUGUGUCUUCUUCCCAGACCUCCAGCUUCCGGGCCACCCCCUCCACGCAGCGGGCCCUCCGGGACUGCACUGCCAAGCUCUCACUCCAAAGCGACACCCUGGGACAUGCCGCUGUGCCCUCUUCCCAGACCUCCAGCCUCCGAGCCACCCCCUCCAGGCAGCAGGGGCCUGCCCUCUCUCAGCCACAUCGGAAGAAGCCCCGAAUGGGCUUCUGAGGGCCCAGGGAAGCUGCCCACCAUCUGUGGGGAGCCCUCGGUCCUGCUCCCUCCAGCUGUGCCUUCCGUAACUGAAACAGGAAAUAAAGAGGCAACAGUCUCAGGGUGCAGACCUUUCUGCCUCCUGAAGGCCACCGUGGCUGGGAGACAUCCAAAAAAGAUUUGGAGCCAAGUCAGAGGAGUGGGAACAACAAAAUAGUUUGUCGGUUUGCCUGAAGCUCCCAAAGGCAGGUGGAUGACGCCCCAGCCAUCCUGUCCUGAAGCUCUGUCAUCGGAUUCCCUCCAGGAGGCAGUGCUGUGCCUGAAGCACAAGCUCCCUUCAGGGCUGUGGGCUCCACCUCGUGAGCCGUGGCCCCUGUGUCCCCCAGUGACUUUGGGGUAACAGUGCCAGCUCCUCACCGUGGCUGAUGACAGUGAAAUGAGACACUGAGGAGCUGCUAGUGCUAGCAGCUCCUCAGUGGGCGUCAGCAAGUGCUGUGGGUUAGUUUGUGUGUGUGAAGCCAUGAUCUAAUGUUCUACCAUGAGCUAAUGUUUCGUAGAGGGAGAAGCUUUG